GAGCGGCGGGGAGGAGGGGUAUGCCCAGCGCCAGGGUUCCACCCUUUAACGUACGAAGUAAUGAAGAGAUGAUAGUAACGCAAAUGAAGAGAGCGUCUCUGAGCAUAUAUGGAAUGCGUGCUUGCGUUUCCCUUUUUCCAAUCAGAAACCACUCAUACAAUAUCUUAUGCUGAAGAAGAAAGGCGGCUGUGAGAAGUGGAACUUAAGCUCCGGCAUCUCAUAUUUUGGAAAUUUUAAGCCUGCAGCAGAGGAAGAGAGGGCGUGGAAGAGUUGGGUAGAAAUGGGGGCGGGUCAAUGUUUGGCAUGAAACAGCAGAGAAUAGCUGAAUGGGGGGAGGAGUUGUCUGGCCCUGGGAUAGAGACAACCCUCCUUCGCAUUGGGAUCCUGGCGUUUCUAUUCGUUUUGCAACCUGCUGUUUAGUAGGCAUUUUUGGCAACGGAGCCUUCCCUCAAGAAAAUUUUGCCCCAAAUGAAAACCUGCCCCAGCUUUCAUCCAGACCUUAGUAUGCCAAUAAAGCAUCUUUAGGGCCAUUCAGGAGCAGAGAUUCAGACUCGCUCCCUGGUCUGUCUGUUUCCUUUGCUGCUGUAAAGAUAUGUCAGGGCUGUACAGAGCACAAAAGCGACCAGGCAGGAGAAGAGGAAGGAGAGCUCCAGGCCUUUACAGGAAUAAAGGGGAUGCCCAGGACAAGGCAGCAUAGCUUGAGGCAAAGGUGUGCCAGGAAAGGCUGUGCUAAUAUAUAUUUUGGUCUGUAUUAAGCAAUCCUCACAGGAGCUCACUGACAUAAGGUGGAGCAGGGAAAGAAGUCAGAUGGGUGGAGCAGAGAGGACAAGAGGAGAGUGGGAAAUCUUGGAGAUGACUGGCCAGAUGAGAGUCAGAAAAGGACAGCUGCUGUUUCUGCCCCCCCCCUUAAGUGCCUGGAGGAGGGGUCCGGCUGACCAAUCCCGAGCUGUUAGUAUAAUUGGUUUGGUGCCAUCCAAUGGGGGGGCAGGUUCAGUGAGGACAUGGGUAAACAACACAAGGGCAGGUAUUUUAAACAGCCUGGGUCACUUGCCACCUGGACCCAUUCCAGCAACGUGCUGUUUCCACCGAGCCAAGCUCAAGGUCAUUUGUUUAUAAUCAAAGAGUAUGGUCUUUAACAGGAAUUGGCUUUUGUGGUAGCAAAAAAAGGCCAAGCAGGUGCCUGGGUGUCCAAGAAGGUCAUAUUGAGGGUUAACGGGUCCUUAAUGGACUGGGCCUGGAAGCAAUAUCAGUAGCCAUCAUGGGGCAAAGUGAAUCAGAGCCACAGGAAGAACAGGAGUACUCUGGCCCUCCCCUUCAGUGCCUGCUGUAUUCUCUUCUGCUGCAGGAUGCAACCCUGACAGCUGUGCUUUCCAGCGUCAAGCUCUUUGUGGAGGAUCAGCUCCAGACCAGCAUGGUGCUGGGUGUUGUGAUAGGAGUCGGGCUUUCCAUGCUGUUUCUUGCUGCCUUGAUCCUGAUGCUGAUACGCCGGUUUCGCCUUCAGAAGGUUCAGACCCAGGAACAACCCAAAUACCGAUUUCGCAAGCGGGACAAAGUGUUGUUCUAUGGACGAAAGAUUAUGCGCAAGGUUUCUCAAUCCACAUCCUCCCUUGUAGACACCACUAUUUCUGCGUCUCGUCCACGCAUGAAGAAGAAGCUUAAGAUGCUGAAUAUUGCCAAAAAGAUCCUGCGUAUCAAGAAAGAGCUGCCAACCCUUCAGCUGAAGGAGCCACCCCCCUCUGUCCUAGAGGCUGAUCUCACAGAGUUUGAUGUGGCCAAUUCUCAUCUCCCCUCUGAGGUGCUCUACAUGCUGAAGAAUGUGCGGGUGCUGGGCCAUUUUGAGAAGCCCUUGUUCCUGGAGCUGUGCAAACACAUGACCUUCCAACAGUGCCAGCAAGGCGAGUACGUCUUCCGCCCAGGUCAGCCUGAUACCAGCAUCUACGUAGUCCAAGAUGGGAAGCUGGAGCUCUUCCUCUCUGAACAGGAUGGGAAAGAGACCCUUGUGAAGGAAGUGUUCCCAGGGGACAGCGUGCACAGUCUUCUCAGCAUCCUGGAUGUCAUCACGGGUCACCAACGGCCGUACCGGACAGUCUCUGCACGAGUGGCUGAGGACUCAACGGUUCUGUGUCUGCCAGUGGAGGCCUUCUUAGCUGUCUUUGAGAAGUACCCUGAGAGCCUUGUCCGGGUAGUACAGAUCAUAAUGGUGCGCCUGCAGAGAGUCACCUUCUUGGCCUUGCACAACUAUCUUGGGCUGACCAAUGAGCUUUUCAGCCAUGAGAUGCAGCCACUGCGACUUUUUCCCCAGUCAGGACACACCUCCCGCACCAGCCCUGUUCAGCACAGUAAACGUGUCAUCAGCGCCUCCUCUGUUGAGGAUGCCAAGGAUAGUCCUGGGCGGCAGACGGAUGCUUCCCCGAGGGACCAAGAUGACCCAUUGAAGCCAGGUUUACCGGAACCACAUCCUGCUCCACUGUUGAGUCGUUGCAUCUCCAUGCCAGUUGACAUCUCAGGGAUCCAGAGGGGCCCCCGCUCAGACUUUGACAUGGCUUACGAACGAGGCCGCAUCUCAGUGUCCCUUCAGGAAGACAGCUCUGUCUCACUGGCUGGCUUUGCCCGGUCAACCUCCCAUGAGCCCCGGGAGCGGAAGUCUGUGACAGUGGAGGAGCAGCCAUCUGGGAUCUACCACUACAACUACUGUGAGGAUGACUCAGCAACAGGCGACUGCCCCUUUGGGCCAUACCAAGGCUGCCAGACCAGUGCCAUCUUUGAGGCUGCCAAGCGGGAGCUAGUCAAGCUCAUGAAGAUCGAGGACUCUGCCUUGCUGAAUAACCGGGUGUUGCUGCAUCAUGCCAAGGCUGGCACAGUGAUUGCCCGCCAAGGAGAUCAAGAUGUCAGCCUGCAUUUUGUUCUGUGGGGCUGCCUGCAUGUUUACCAGAGGAUGAUUGACAAGGCUGAAGAUGUGUGCCUCUUCUUGACGCAGCCUGGCGAGAUGGUGGGCCAACUGGCCGUGCUCACUGGAGAGCCACUGAUCUUCACCAUCAAGGCCAACCGUGACUGCACAUUCCUUAAGAUCUCCAAGUCUGACUUUUAUGAGAUUAUGCGGGAACAGCCAAGUGUGGUCCUGAGUGUAGCUCACACUGUGGCAGCCCGAAUGUCUCCUUUUGUGCGCCAGAUGGACUUUGCUAUCGACUGGAUGGCUGUGGAGGCUGGGCGGGCCCUUUACAGGCAGGGUGACAAGUCAGAUUGCACCUACAUUGUGCUGAAUGGCCGGCUGCGCUCUGUAAUCCAGAAGGGCAAUGGCAAGAAGGAGCUGGUUGGGGAAUAUGGCCGUGGGGACCUCAUUGGAGUGGUAGAAGCCCUGACCCACCAAGCCCGAGCCACUACUGUUCAUGCUGUAAGGGACACAGAGUUGGCCAAGCUCCCAGAAGGGACCCUCAACAACAUCAAACGACGGUAUCCUCAGAUUGUCACCCGCCUUAUCCACCUAUUGAGUCAGAAGAUCCUGGGGAACUUGCAGCAGUUGCGAGGCCCUUUCCCAGGUUCCGGACUGGGCAUAGCCCCCAGCUCAGAGCUGACCAACCCUGCCAGUAACCUCUCAACUGUGGCUGUCCUUCCAGUGUGUGACGAUGUCCCCACGGCAGCCUUCACCCUGGAACUCAAGCACGCCCUGAAUGCCAUUGGCCCAACCCUUCUGCUCACCAGUGACAUCAUCCGGGCUCGUCUUGGGGCCUCAGCACUGGACAGCAUCCAUGAAUAUCGACUGUCUGGAUGGCUAGCCCAGCAAGAGGACAUCCAUCGCAUUGUGCUGUACCAGACUGAUUGCACCUUGACGCCCUGGACUGUGCGCUGCAUCCGCCAAGCUGACUGCAUUCUCAUUGUGGGUCUGGGGGACCAGGAGCCCACCCUGGGCGAGUUAGAGCAGAUGCUGGAGAACACCGCGGUGCGGGCCCUGAAGCAGCUCAUCCUCUUGCACCGUGAAGAUGGCCCCAGUCCUGCCCGCACUGUAGAGUGGCUCAACAUGCGCAGCUGGUGCUCAGGACAUCUACACAUCAAAUGUCCCCGUAGGGUCUUUUCCCGGCGCAACCCUCAUAAGCUGAGAGAGAUGUAUGAGAAGGUCUUUGCGAAGAAUGCCGAUCGCCACAGUGACUUCUCCCGUCUGGCCCGAGUCCUUACAGGCAACACCAUUGCUUUAGUCCUGGGUGGCGGUGGAGCCAGGGGCUGUUCUCACAUUGGGGUGAUCAAGGCCAUGGAGGAAGCCGGUCUCCCUAUCGACUUGAUUGGUGGCACCUCAAUUGGUUCCUUCAUUGGUGCCCUGUAUGCAGAGGAGAGGAGUGCGGUGCGCACGAAGCAGCGGGCCAGGGAGUGGGCCAAAAGCAUGAAUUCGGUGUUUGCCACAGUGCUGGAUCUCACCUACCCAAUUACCUCCAUGUUCUCUGGCUCUGCCUUCAACACCAGCAUUCAUAAGGUGUUCCAGGACAAGCAGAUUGAGGAUCUUUGGCUCCCAUACUUUAAUGUGACAACAGACAUCACAGCCUCUGCCAUGCGAGUCCACAAAGAUGCAGGCAGUGUGUGGCGCUACGUCCGGGCCAGUGCAUCUUACACCCCCUAUUUGCCUCCUAUCUGCGACCCCAAGGACAGUCACUUGCUUGUGGAUGGCUGCUAUGUUAACAAUGUCCCAGGCUCGCUGUGGCGGUAUGUGCGAGCUAGCAUGACCCUUUCCGGGUAUCUCCCGCCACUCUGCAACCCCAAGGAUGGCAAUUUACUGAUGGACGGCGGCUACAUCAACAACCUCCCAGCUGACAUUGCUCGCAACAUGGGUGCCAAGACAGUCAUUGCCAUUGAUGUGGGUAGUCAGGAUGAAACAGAUCUUUGCAACUAUGGGGACAGCCUGUCAGGUUGGUGGUUGCUCUGGAAACGCCUCAACCCCUGGGCUGAGAAGGUCAAGGUGCCUGACAUGGCAGAGAUCCAGUCCCGCCUUGCCUAUGUCUCUUGUGUGCGGCAGCUGGAGGUGGUGAAGAGCAGUUCGUACUGUGAAUACAUUCGCCCUCCCAUUGAUCGCUUCAAAACCAUGGACUUUGGCAAGUUUGAUGAAAUCUAUGAUGUAGGGUACCAGCAUGGAAAAGUGGUGUUUGAUGGUUGGUGCCGUGGUGACAUUAUUGAAAAAAUGGUUAAGGACCGGCAUUCGGCAGACUUCUAUGAGAGCAAACGCAUGGAUGUGCUGAUGUGCCCCAGUGCAGGCUUCACAGACCUGGCUGAGAUCGUGUCUCGCAUUGAGCCAGCCAAGAGCUACCUGUCAGACAGCUAUGCUGAUGGAGAAGAGUCAGACUACUUGACCGAGUAUGAGGAAGAAGGGAUGGAUGCCGUGCGAGAGGAAGAAGGGCAGGAGCUGCUAUUUGCCCCAGCAGAGCAGAAUGCAGUCUUUGAAACAGAUGAGGAAAAGAGCCUACGACACCGCCGAGGGACCCCUCAGGAGCCUCUUGCCCCUCUAGCCACUCCCACACCCUGAGGGAGUUGCUGUUACUGAGCUAGAGAAACUGAGCCUGUGGGACCAAACCUUGCACUCGCCUUGUGAGCGAUGGGUGUGACAACAAGGAGCCCUCCAAAUCACGCACUGUUUAACCUUUUGCUGCCUGGCAGGCAUAGUGGUGAAUCUCCAAGGCCAGGUGUGCCCUUUAAGCUCCUAGUGCAAUGUCAGAAGAUGACCUGCUGGACCUGUCCCUCCCAGCAUGAACUGAAGAAUGUUGUAAAGUGAACGUGGCGAAGAGUUACCUGCCCACCCUAACAAUGCCCAAGUGCUGCUAUGUCACGUGUUGGGAUGAGGCCAGCCCCUCUGGGGUCCUCCAGCUUUUAGGGCUCAUUUGCCAGACAAGCUGCCUUCUUCCUCCAACUUGCAGCUACUUGAAAUGACCCUGAAGCAUGGGGGGGGGGAAGAAGAAGGAACAGCACUUUACAUUACACUCCAUUUUAGAAAGGGGUCAGGGAGAAGAAGUUGCAGAUUCCUCCUGAGUUGGCAUAGUGCCACAAGGGACUGAUUUGGAGUCCUUUCAUCUCCCCUUCCUCAGGCACUGCCCUUUCAGCCCAGCCAGCUGAAGGAGAGAUCUGGCGCCAGGGACCUGACACAAGCCAGCAUGAGGAACCCCCAGCUGCCUCGUUGCUGUCUCCUAUUUUGAGUUUUCCCACUCAAGGCAUUAGCAGUUACUUAAGCACCACCAGUGAAUGGAGUGCAGAAGCAGACAUUGUUCCUAUGUUGGCUAACGUAUUCCUGCUUUGAGCUGAGCUCUGACACUUCUUGGCAUUUAUAUUCCUAACCUGCCUGAAGUUUCCGGCUGUGGCCACACUGACUGUUCUCUAUUUUUUAUUUUAAAAAUGAAACAAAUGAAAAAUCCCUUUUCUUGC